AUGGCACAAUUUCAUUCUAUCGCUAAAAUAUUUAAAGAUCAUAUCGACACGAUGCCAAAUAUCCCUUUCCUUGACGUUGAAUCUAUUAUUGAGCAAAUGCCCAACACAAGACGUACUUUGGGUUCACUAGGGGCUUUCUAUUACAUUAUAAGAUUUAUAAUUAAUCAAUCAGGCCUUAACAUUUACUCGCCAACAAUUUUCGAUGAAGCCAUAUCAUACACAACUGAGAUCAUUUGGGCCACGUUGAAUGAAAAUGAAAGAAAGCGUUAUCGAUCUCUCUCAAAGCAAGUAAAUAAUGCAAACGGAAAUGGGCAACAAUUAUCAAAUAGUGAUCAAGCGCAAUUCGCUCAAGACUUAUUUAAUGGAAUCCAGUGGUAA